AUGGGGAUACAAAUGGCACCCAGGCAAAUCAAAGGCCGAGCCAUGAUCCAUCUCCCAGUCGGUGAGGAGGCCAGCAGGAACGCCAUGUUCUACGGCUCCUCGCUGGAGUCUUACCUCCGCAGCUCACUGACCAGGCUGAUCCUCCCCACACUCUACUCCAUGGUGCUGCUGGUUGGACUGCCAGCCAAUGCCCUGGCUUUCUGGGUGUUGGCCACCAAGACCAAGAAAUGCAGCUCCACCCUCUUCCUGCUCAACCUGGCCGGUGCUGACCUGCUCUUCACCCUCCUGCUGCCCUUCAAGAUCUCCUACCAUCUGCUGGGCAACAACUGGCUCUUUGGGGACUAUGCAUGCCGUGCCCUGGUCACCCUCUUCUAUGGGAACAUGUAUGGCUCCAUCCUCUUUCUCACCUGCAUCAGCCUGGACCGCUACAUCUUACUGGUGCACCCCUUCCUGUGGAGGGGCUCCCGGCAUGUCUGGCAGGCGGCGGGAGUCUGUGUGGGUGUCUGGCUGGCUGUGGGGCUGGGUUUGAGCCCGCUGCUGCGCUACCACCAUUCCCAGCACGUCCCAGAGCUGAACAUCACUACCUGCCAUGACAUCCUGGAGCCAGACACGGAACGCGAGCUGGCCUACUACUUCCCUACGCUGGUGGUGUUGGGCUUCGCCAUGCCCUUCGUGCUCAUCACCUUCUCCUACGGCGGGGUGCUGUGGCGGCUGCUCCGCAGGGGGCAGCACUAUGGGCACGUGGUACGCCUCCUGGUCCUGGUGCUGCUCGUCUUUGCCCUGUGCUUCACGCCCAGCAAUGUGCUGCUUUUCUUCCACUACCUGCAGCCCCAACCCGAGUGGCACAACCGUACCUACACUUGGUAUGUGCUGGCCCUGGCCGUCAGCGCCUUCAACAACUGCCUUGACCCCUUCAUCUACUUCUACGUCUCUCAUGACUUCCGGGCCCGGCUCCGGGCCAGGCCCUGCUGUUGGAGGGGGGAUAACAAGUCCUCCUCAGGCAGGGCCUUCGAGAAGCUAGUGCUGCCUCAGAGGUCCAGCGAGCAGAGCCAGCCCUAGGCCAGGGGAGCCCUCAGGCAGUGGGAGGGGACUAGGAAGCUGCUUUGUGUUUCCCCCACUACUGCCAAGCGUUUGGAUAUGGCUUGCUCCCCAGCUCUGCCCCUAGCGCUUCCUCUGUGGCACAGGGCCCACACCUCACCCUGUCCCAGCUCCGGGCGAGCUGCACAGAGGGCAGCUCCAGCCAUGCCAUGGGUGCCAUCUCAGGAGAGGGAGACAGGGACCAGGAGCAGCACUGUCACUUUCUCCCUCUGGGUCCUUGGCUGAGUUUCUUCCCUUUUAAGCGGUGCUGCCCUAACCCUCAGUAUCCUCAGGCUCUGCAUAUUCCAGUGAGCUGGACUCACCAGCUGCAGCAGGGUCCCCGUGGCCUCUGGGGGCACACACUGCAAACCGGCUGCAUCCUGGACGUCCAGACGUGGCCAGGGUCAGGGGUGCACAUGGGGACAUAGGCCCUGGUUACUGAGUCUGGAACUCAGCUCCUGCAUUGGCUGCUGCCCCCUGUCACAUGUCAAUGUGCUGCCAUGUUGUUGUAUUGACAGUGUGGAGCAGUGCUAAGAUGCGGCCAGGGGAACGUGGCCAUUUUUCCAGAGGGGCUGCUGGCCCCUGUUCAGCCUGUUUGGAUCAAGGGGGUAAAAUAUUCACUGGUGCGAUGCUCAGUAGUGGGGUCGUGUUUGUGCUGUCAUUAGGUUUCAGAAUCCACCCCCAUUCAGAUGAGAGGGCAGUUCCUCCCACUGGCUGGCUGCAGACUCAGGCAGCUUCCCUGCAUUGGCAACGCUGGGGUCAUGGUUUUGAGGUAAAUGCUCCCUUGCAAACAGGAGGCUGAGAUCCUGGAACAGGUAUCUGCAGCAUGGACACCGCUCCCAGCUGUGUCCAUUAAACUAAAGGCAAAGUUAUUUUACCCUCACUGUAUUCUGUGUCCUCGUGUGUCUCAUGUACAGCCCCAGCUGGCACCUUUCCUCCCCCAAGUGAGCCUGAGAUAGUGGGUGGGGGAGCUGCUCCCUGGGAGCCCAUCCCUCCCUCACCGCAGGGUGCUCUCAGCUCAGCCCCAGUGUGACCCUGAGAAUCCUCCAGGGCUGACCCCACACCCACACCUUGGCCUCAGCUCCAUGCCAGUAACUUGGUGACCCACUGCAGCCCUGAGCACCCCCAGUGCUGGAGCCCAAACCUCACUGUGACCCUCCUCUUGGCUCUGGCCCUGGGCUCCUGAUUGGACCCUCAACCCCCCAGAUGUGCCCAGGAUCCCAGAUGGGAGUGCAUCCACUGAGGCUCCUGCCAUGACCACCAUCUCUCUGUUGCAACCUUGAGGCCCCCGCUUUGCCCCUUUCCAACAUCAGUGUCAGCCCCCACCCCUUUCCCUCCCCCAGGGCUCCCCGCAGGUGAGCGCUGUCCCAUGAUGCAGCUCCCAGCUCCCCCCGCGACCUCCAGCAGGCAGCCAGAGGCUGCUUUCCUGCUGACAGCUGCAUCAUCUCAGCCACUGCCAUGGCAGCAGCAUUCCCAGACAUGGCUCCCCCCCAUGGCCCAGCAGAAUCUCUGUGUUCACGUCCAUCCUUCUAUCCAGUGGGCUCUGAUCUCUCCCAAAGCAGCAGGAACCCCCUCCCCCCUUCACUGCCUUUCCUGGCAGGAAUGUCCCAUGCUCCGCCACGGGCAGAGGAAGGGCCUGAGCAUGCGAGCCCCCAGAGCAAUUCAGAGGCUGGCUGGGCAGUGCAGGGACUCUGUGUCUAAGGACACUGCCUGGAGCCAUUUCUGUGCUAUGAGGAGACCGAGCUCUCACUGUGGGAGACAGGCCUGGAAGUUGGCCAGUCAUUCAGAGUCCAUGGCGAG